GAAGGUGAGGUUAUAAUCUCUAUACCUCUGAAUCUUAUACUCACGUACAAAAAGGUGAAUGAGACAUUAUCAAGGGAUUACGGGUUGAAAUCGUUAUCAAUUCCGAAGCUCACAUCACAUCAACUUUUGGCACUUUACCUGGUAUUGGAGUCGCGCAAAGGAAAAAGUAGUUCGAUCAAUCCUUAUGUUCAAAUGUUGCCGAAAGAUUUUGGCAGCAUGCCAAUUUGUUAUGAGGAUGAUUGGGUGAAGCUGGUUCCCGAUUACAUGAGAGUGAUAAUUGAAUCACAGAAAUCUAAAUUUGAAAAAGAUUUUGCGAACGUUUGUGAUUUUUCAGAGGCACAAGAUAAAAUAUGCCUGAGAGUAACUCGAGAAGAAUUCUUGUGGGGAUGGCUUUGCGUAAACACAAGGUGUAUAUACCUGGAAAAUUCAGUUUGUGAUAUCCGAGACAACAUUGCUAUUUCACCAAUGUUAGAUUUCUUGAAUCACAGCCUUGACGCAAAGAUAAAAGGAGGAUUUAACCAUUCAACUCAAAGUUACGAAAUCACCACAUUCACUCCUUACAAGAAGGGACAACAGGUUUUCAUAAACUACGGACCUCACGACAACUAUCUAACCUUGCUAGACUAUGGGUUCACUAUCUCUGGCAAUCCUUUUGCAUACGUGCUAAUUGAUAAUGAGUUUUUCGAGUAUAGAAUGCCUGGGGAAGAUGAGUGGAUUAAGAAAUUUAAGUUUGAAUUGUUGAUGGAAAAUGGAUUUUAUGGCGAUUACACUUUUCAUGUGUCACAAAUCUCUUUUCGUCUUCUGACUGCGCUGCGUCUAAGACUACUUCGAUUUGAUGAAGGUGAUAACGGUACGGAAAUUAGUAUUCGCGAAGGUCACAUAACACUUUCCCAAUAUUCCCAAUCCCUGAUAAAAAAAUGGAAGUCCACACUAACCGGGCAACAAGAAAUAAUAAGUAACGAGAAUGAGGUUGAGAUUUAUAAAUGGAUAAACGAUAUCUGCAUUGUGAAAUUAAAUGAGUGUAGGAGUAAAUUGGAAGAGAUGAAAUCACAAAGCUCAUUAGACAACAUAAAACUUCUUUGGAAUGAUUCUAUUAAUAUUUUGAAUUCUGUGAUCGAGUAUAUUAAAAAUUUAGAUCAGCAAGAUGUCUAA